GUGAGAGUUGUUGAAUAGACUUGAUAUUUUCCAAAUUCAAUUUGUUACUCACUACUAAAGGGUUCAUACUCUGCUAAUAGUAGUAAUGAAUAUUUUCAAUUUUUUGUCCAUUGUAAUAAGUGCUAUAUUCAUCAUAGCCUCAACUCAGCAAGUAUGUGCCCUCAAAUGUUGGAGAUGUUCAUCGGAUGCAUCGAAUUCUGCAUUCUGUAAUGAGCCAUUUGAUGCAAGUAAUAUAAGCGAACAUGUAAGACGUUAUAGCUAUGUGGAAUGUACAGAUCCACCAGCUCACUUAAACCAAAGAGCCGUCUGCAAAAAGUCCAUAAUUCGUGUUAACGGUAAGCCUGAAGUAUUUCGAGCUUGUUACUGGGAAAAAGUUGGUGCUGCGAAGGACGAGUGUGUGAAUGAUAAUAAUACACCAUCAUAUAUAAAGAGGGAAUUUUGCGAGACAUGCGACACCAAUGGCUGUAACAGUGUAGAUUCAAACGAAAAGCAAGAGCAGACUAAAGAUAAACCACAUGGAUUUUGAUCAUGGUUUCAGUUUUUAUUUAAUUUUGUAUUUAUCCGAGAAUAAUCACCAAAGAAAUCAGAACUCUAAACAAUAAUAAAGGUUUUUCGCUUCUAAGAAAAUAAA